AUGCGCGUCUUUAGCCUCCCGGCGGUGCUCUCACUGCUCGCCUUCACCUCGGCCCUCCAGGCCGAUGUCCCUCCUAAGCCGCUGCCUCUGCUGAUGUGGCACGGUCUGGGUGACAGGUAUAACGCAGAAGGCUUGCGGGUUACGGGAGCAUUGGCAAGGAAGAUCCAUCCGGGCACAUACGUUUACACCAUCCGGCUGGAUGAAGAUGGCGGCAAUGACCGCACAGACAGCUUCUUCGGCAACGUCACGACGCAGAUCGAUCAAGUGUGUGAGGAGAUCAAGAAAGACCCGAGGCUAUACGCAGCACAAACGGCAGAGGGAAUCAGAGUGGAUGCGCUGGGUUUCAGCCAAGGUGGCCAAUUCCUGCGAGGGUUGAUCGAACGGUGCAAUGUCCUCAGUGUGCGGAGCCUGGUCACAUUUGGAAGCCAGCAUAAUGGCAUUGCACAGUUUCAAGUUUGCGGCCAGCGAGACUUUGUCUGCAAGGGCGCCGUCGCCCUCAUCAAAGGCAACGCCUGGACGGACACGGUGCAGAGCCGCGUUGUACCAGCGCAAUAUUACCGCACGCGCAAUGAGACGACAGGCUUGGCGUCUGAUGAGUACCUGAAGCACAGCAACUUCCUCGCCGAUGUUAACAACGAGCGCGUUUUGAAGAACGCCAAGUAUGCGGCCAGGAUUGCCGAGCUGGAGCACUUCGCUAUGUACGUCUUCUCCGAAGACCAGACGGUUAUACCGAAGGAGAGCGGCUGGUUCGCCGAAGUGAACGCUACAUCCGGCCAUGUCACCCCAUUACGCCAUAGACAAAUGUACAAGGAAGAUUGGCUUGGGCUGAAGAAGCUCGAUGAGCGUGGUGGGCUCGCCUUCAGGACGGUUCCUGGCAAGCACAUGGAGCUUUCGCAGAAGACGCUUGCCGAUGCUUUUAGGGAGUGGUUCGGUCCG